AUGCAGACACGACUCCUGAAGCUUCCUGACCCCUCGCUGGACGACGUCGUGAAGGCAGCGCAGGCGAUGGACACUGCGGCCAAGGACGCCGGCGAGAUUGGACGCGCAACCGGCUCACCGUCGACGGAAGCAACGGUCAACAAGAUGGCGACUAAGGGUGGUACGUGCAGUCGCUGCGGUGGUUACCACUCUCCCUCACAGUGCCAGUUUUCCCAUGCACAAUGCUUCACGUGCGGGAAAACUGGGCACCUUGCACAGGGUAGCCGUCGCAAGGGUUCGCGACUGGGACGUGCCGCAGCAGGCUCGGGUCCUUCCGCGGCCAGGCUCCACGUGGUCGCUGAGAAGCCGCCAAUCUUCGACUUGUGGCACACAGGCCUUGUUCCGUCGUCUGUGCCACCAUAUAUGCUGACCGUCGAAGUCUGCGCGCACACCAUUUCCAUGGAGCUGGACACAGGGGCCAGCGUGUCGGUCAUGGCCGGGAAACUGUUCAAGCGUACCUUCCCCGGCGUGUCCGUCGAGGCUUCGGGAUUCAUGCUGCUAAGCUACUCCGGCCAGCUCUCCCAGGUCCAGGGAGAGGCCCAGUCCCUGUUCCAACUGGGGGUGGGCACAUUCGCCGGCACGACGGCUAGCAUCUAUGUUCCUGAGGGAGCCCAGCCUCGUUUUUCCAAGCCUCGCCCACUGCUGUUCGCCCUGAAGAAUGGGGUCACCCAGGAGCUGCAACGGUUACAGCGAGAGGGCAUCCUGAUGCCCGUCAAGACGUCUGAGUGGGCCGCUCCCAUAGUUCCAGUCCUCAAGCGAGACGGCAGUGUCAGGAUCUGCGGGGAUUUCAAGUUUUCAAUCAACCCCGUCGCUACUGUCGAGAAGUACCCGCUGCCCCGGAUUGAAGAUCUCUGGUCAGUGUCGUCCGGGGGACGGAAGUUCAAUAAGCUCGACCUCAAAGACGCUUACCAGCAGCUGAGGGAGAUGGACAACCUCUCCAGAGGCAUGAGGCACGUGAUGGUUUACUUGGACGACAUCCUGGUUACCGGCACCGACGACGGGGACCACCUGCAGAACCUGCAGAACGUCCUGGCACGAUUGCAGGACGCCGGUCUCAAGAUCAAGCUGGAUAAGUGCGUGUUCCUGGCCGCCAGUGUUGAGUACCUGGGACACGUCAUUUCCCAGGCCAGCCUGUCCCCGGCCCUCUGCAAAGUUGAUGCUGUGCUCAAGGCGCCAAAGCCCCACAACAAGGAGCUUCAGAGCUACCUCGGCGUCAACUUCUACAGGAGUUUCCUGCCGAACCUGUCGGCGCAUCUACAGCCCCUCCAUCUUCUAUUUCGAGAUCGUCAGCAGUGGACCUGGAAGGAGGAGCAGGACGUGUCAUUCCAGCACAGCAAGAAGCUAAUCACCAAGGCUCCAGUGCUGGUACACUUCGAUCCGGGCAAGACGGUCGUCCUUACAGUGGAUGCGUCGCCAUACAGCUACCUGUGGGGCAAGAAAUUUGAGGAGGUCACGGACCACAAGCUGCUGCUGGGGCUGCUGGGGUCGGACAACGCGGUUCCCGUGCAGGCAUCACCUCGAGUGGUACGCUGGGCCUUGAGGCUUGCGGCUUCCAGCUACCGGAUGGUCUACCAUCCGGGAAAGCACCUGGGACCUGCUGAUGGUCUGAGCCGCCUGCCCCGGCCGGAGGCGACUAGCCGGGACCCAGUCCUGUCGCAAAUGGUCAAGGCAGUGUCCCGAGGGGAGGAGUUGGUGCAGCAGGCUUACAGCCACAAGGCUGCCGAGCUGAGCCUGCAGCAGGGCUGCCUACUGUGGGGUUCCAGGGUGGUGAUUCCACAAAGUCUCUGGUCUAGGGUCCUGCAAUUGCUGCACGCGGGUCAUCCUGGUGUGGAAAAGACCAAGAUGGUGGCCCGGUCCCACCCGAGCACCAGGCCAGAGGACAUAUCUACCCAUUAUAAAAACCGGUGGGUUCCCGGCUCGGUACCUCCCGCAUACGAUGCGGUCCUACCUUUCGCCACUCCUUCAGUAGGCGUGACCGUUGCGGCGCUGCGACAGGUCUUCGCCGCCCAGGGGUUGCCGGACAUCUUCGUGUCUGACAAUGGCCACGCUUUCGCCAGAACCGAGUACCUGGCCUGGCUGACGAAGAACGAAAUCCGCCGGAUGAUGGUUCCGCCGUACCACCCUGCUUCAAACGGUGCAGCCGAGCGGGUGGUCUAG